AUCAAUCCUCUUUCAUUAUAUAAAUAAUUAAACCAUCUUCUUCUUAGUUAGUAUUAACUACUUCAUUUGAAGCCGGAAAUUUAGCUACACGAUGGCUGGUGGAGGACUUUCGAUCACCGGCCGCGACGGGGGCACGGAAUUCGAGGCUAAAAUCACACCAAUUCUUAUCAUUUCUUGUAUUAUGGCUGCUACUGGAGGACUUAUGUUUGGUUAUGAUAUUGGAGUUUCUGGUGGUGUUACAUCAAUGGAUCCAUUUUUACAAAAAUUCUUCCCAACGGUUUACAAGAGAACAAAGGAAAAAGGUUUAGACAGUAAUUACUGCAAAUACGAUAAUCAAGGCCUACAAUUAUUUACUUCAUCUUUAUAUUUAGCCGGAUUAACGGCGACAUUUUUUGCUUCUUACACGACAAGAAAACUUGGUCGGAGAUUAACGAUGUUAAUCGCCGGUUGUUUUUUCACCAUCGGAGUUGUACUAAAUGCUGCUGCUCAGAAUUUGGCUAUGCUUAUUAUUGGAAGGAUUCUUCUUGGCUGUGGGGUUGGUUUUGCUAAUCCGGUAAUUAAUUAUUCGCUCAUAAUUCUCACUUUUUGUUAA